AUGGAAGCAGAAGCAAUAGACUCAAUUACCGCCAGAAAAGUCCAGAAAGCUGACCGCGAGAAGCUGAGGAGGGACCGCCUUAACGAGCACUUCAUGGAGUUGGGCAACACGCUAGAACCGGAUAGACCGAAAAAUGACAAAGCUUCCAUUCUAACCGACACAAUUAUAAUGCUGAAGGACUUGACUUCUCAAGUUGACAGACUAAAAUCCGAAUAUGCAGCACUUACCGAAGAAUCCCAUGAGCUGAUUCAAGAGAAGAACGAUCUCCGUGAAGAAAAGGCGUCUCUCAAAUCUGAUAUUGAGACCCUCAAUGCACAGUACUCUCAGAGAAUGCGGUCCAUGUACCCAUGGGCAGGAAUGGAUCACUCGCUCGUCAUGCAUUCGUCCACUUAUCCAUUUCCUGUGCCUAUGCCCAUGCCAGCUGGCACAAUCCCUUUGCACCCAUCUCUACAGCCUUACCCGUUUUAUGGGAACCAAAACCCGCCCGUCGUUCAUAAUCCGUGCUCCACUUACAUCCCGUACGUGGCUCAUAAUGCCGUGAUUGAACAGCACUCGAUUCAGCAUGUGUCUCAAGCCGUGCCGCAAAGUAACAACAGGUCUAAUGGUUGUGGCAAACAGGACCCAAGGUAUAAAAAUUCUGAUGGGGAAAAUAGAAUAGAGAAAAGUGAUGACUCGAAUGGCAUCACUACGGAUCUAGAGCUCAAAACGCCUGGAUCUACUUCCGAACAGGAUUCCUUGAAGCAAAAGAAAGCCAAAAAAAUUAAGGAAAUCUCCAUUACAGAUGCAAGCUCUUUGAGUGCGUGUUCCUCAGCUCAAGGCAUGCAGGCAAUCUCGUCAAACAGUGUCGUUGAUGGCGAAACAACAGAUAACUGA